GUCAUCAGGAAAGUCGGAAGGGCUACGCAGCGGCUGUGGAAACGCUUGGCAUUUCGAAAGGAGAGGGACGGACAGAGUGUUCAACAUGAUUGGAGAGCGGCUGCUGCCUAUCGCCCGCAGAGCUGUGCCGGCAGGAGCAGUAGCAGGAGGAGGAGCGGCCUCCUCCUUCUCAUCGUCUCUGACAGCCUUUUCCUUAGCCCUCAAGCUAGUUCUCGCACGGGGGUGGGAGUCCUCAUCGGUAACAUCAACAGGAGCAAACCUACCAACGUCGUGUUGGCUGACCGCUCCCGCCGUUCCCUGCAUUCGGCGAUGCACCACACAACAAAGAUACUUCAGCCGCGGCCCUUGGACAAGCGGGAGGGUGGCAACCUCCGUAGAAUCGCAAGCAGGAUUCAUGCACGCGGAAAGGAAUUGUAGGGCCACCGCUCCUUCUACUCGUCGUCUGGCAAGCAGUCGUAGCGUUGGUGCUGGAGGCGCUAGCGCAGCGUCAACGGGUGGUGGUGGUCGUCUUGACGGGAAUGACGAUGACCCAGGGACGCUCCCAGCAACAGCUGCUAAACUGAAUCUGAGGUCGUUGAGAACGGCCCGUGAGCGUGGCAGCGUCAGAAACAAAAGCAAGAAGAGCAAGCCAGUUAAAGGCGAACCAUCAUCACCACCACCACCAUCACCCGCAAGUAGGAGUGCCCCACGAGGCGGCGGUGCACGGCUGCUGAGGCUCUCAAAGCUUCUGGCGGACAGAGCGAUCGGGACCAGAAGUGAGGUGGACACAUUGGUGCGGCGGGGUCGAGUUAAGGUAGAUGGUGCCGUGGUCAAGUCCCCGAAGGCAAAGCUUCCGGUGGACUGCGUAAUAGAGGUGAACGGAGAAGUGCACGGGCCCGUCCCGCUCCUGGUGGCUUUCCACAAGCCCAAAGGCGUAAUAACGACUCUGAGCGACGACUGGGACAGGGAAGACUUGUCCGAUGUGCUUCCCAAGUCGCUCCUGCUCAAGCACCACCCAGUGGGACGCUUGGAUGCAGACAGCAGCGGCCUUCUGUUGCUGAGCAGCGAUGGAGCUCUCACGCACAGGCUGCUAAAUCCGAGGUUCGAGGUGGAGCGCGAGUACGUGGCCUCGGUGGACGUGCCUCUGGAGGGAGAAGAGCCGGGAGACUCGCUGGUAACGGCUCUCCACGAAGGGAUCACAACCGCAGACGGUGUCUACAGGGCGGACGUUCCGGCGAUAAGCGGGCGGGAUGUGCGCGUGGUGGUGCGAGAAGGGAAGAACCGCAUGGUUCGAAGGAUGUUAGCGAACGCGGGAUACCCUAUCCUCGAGCUGCGGCGAGAACGGUACGGGAAAAUUCUUCUGGGCGAUCUCCCCGAGGGCGAGCACGUGCCAGUGUCGGGAGAAGCCUUGGAAUGGGCGCGAUCGGUGCUUCAGCUUCAAGCGGCGACGGCGGCGGUUGUUGACGGUGGUGGUGACGAAAAGGGAGUGGAGCCAUGAUGCGGUGGACAUGUGCGAUUUUGGGAUACAUACAAUUCAUGUUUAUGUGCAACCGGACUAAAUGAAGCUUUGCUGUAGAAUUUUGUUGUAGAAGUACUCAUCUGGGGUGAAGCUUUGGUUGCUGGUUGUUGGCCCUUCAAUGUGGGGCCGCCCCGGUCCUUGUGGGACUCUGGAUUCCUGAUGUGCACAGUACAAGUUUGGCACAUACCACGGGGAAGGACUUCAAUGAGCCGCGGAGCGCGAAGCGUGAUAUUUGUUUCCCUUCAUCCCCCCGAGGGAAAAAAAUGCCCUUAUGUAUCGGGCUCUUCCAACCAAUGCGAUGUAGGGGCCCUUGUGCGAUUUCCGCCUAAUUAUGGACCGUCCGAAAAGAACCGCCUUUGUUC